GGAGAGAGGGGCAGUCUGUCACUCUACACCUGGACUAACUGGACUACAGGCUGAUAAGAUAUUUUGGUUCUUUGGUCCAGUCAUUCCAAACACCUCAAUAGUUGAGAGUCAGCUCAUCAGAGGAGAGAACAUCACAGAAUUCAAAGGAAGAUUCCGAGAGAAACUGCAGCUGGACAGAGAAACUGGAUCUCUCACCAUCAGAAAUCUCACCCUCAACAACUCUGGAGUUUAUCAGCUAGACAUUUUCAAUACACACAAAACAUCUCAGAGAUUCUAUCUAACUGUCUAUGCUCCAGUACCACUUCCUCAAGUCAAAAAAAUCCCUGAAGGUGAUUUUCUGGACAGUUCAUCAGAGAAGGGGAGCUGUUCAGUGGUGUGUUCUGUGGAGAACCGGAGAGACAUGACCCUGUCCUGGUACAGAGGAGAGAAGAGACUCAACCAGACCAGCAGCCCUGACCUCUCCACCAACCUGUCUCUCCCUCUGGAGAUAAAGCUACAGGACAACAAUAUCUACAGCUGUGUGGCUGCCAACCCAGUCAGCAACCAGACAACCAAACUCAACAUUGAAACACUCUGCCUUCAGUUUGUAGAGUCUGAUCCUAAUCUAAUCACAAUCGUUGUGAUAGUCCUUGGAAUAGGCCUAAUGUUAUUUAUCGUAAUAUGCUGCAUCUGGAAAAGGAAAUAUAUUAAAGGGUGCUGUGUAUCCACCUCAGGGAGUCCAGAAGAGGAGGACUCUGUGGUGUAGCCUACUCUGUCAGACCCUGGAUUUUUAUUUAUUUAUUUUCAUUUUACCUUUAUUUAACUAGGCAAGUCAGUUAAGAACAAAUUCUUAUUUUCAAUGACGGCCGAGGAACAGUGGGUUAACUGCCUGUUCAGGGGCAGAACGACAGAUUUGUACCUUGUCAGCUCGGAGAUUUGAACUUGCAACCUUUCGGUUACAAGUCCAACGCUCAAUUUCAUCUUCUUCCCCAUUGAAGAAAAAGAACCCAUUAGACUGUGUCCCUGCCACUGUAAAAACAGAAUGUACAUUUUGACAUGAACAAAGGAUGUGUUUUAUGCAGCAAAUAAUCACUCCUCUACACUGUACCAACUUCUGUCUGCAAUUGUAUUACUAAAGGAGUAUUUUAAUACUUAAACAAAGAGUCUGUGUUUCCUUUCCAUUACUAAUGUAUGUUUGAUAAUUAUAUAGACCUGAUCAUUUGUUGA